AUGCAGUACGAGCAGUUUGAGAGUGAUGACUAUGCGGAGGAAUUGGUGAUAGUCCAUGACGCGUCGCUCAAAACUGAGACGCUCAAAUGGCAGGUCCUACGAGUGAAGCAAAUUCAAGGUUACCUCAAGGCCGUAGUCAGGGCUCCGAAGCCGGACGUGUGGUCAUUGGCCGGCGGAUAG